AAACAGUGCUGCCCAGGGAGUGAACAAGAGUCAUUUGGAGGAACAAAAGGAGACUUUUCCAGGGACAGAGGGAGUGAUAGAUAAAGCUAAUUGUGCCUGGCUAAGGCACAGAGCAGAGAAUAGAGCAAGAUAGAAGUGCCUGGAGAAAGCUAUCUAAGGACGAGGCAAAUUGUUAGAGGAAGGGACAGGAGAGCUAUUUCAAGAGUGAGCAACAGAAGGAACCAUAAGAGUCCACAGACUUUCUAAAGUAAACGAGGAAGGGUCUAGAGGCAGUGAGAGAAGGCCAGGACCAGGGCCAGGGCAGGCACGAGCAAGGGCUGAGGGGAUGAACUUCACAGUGGGUUUCAAGCCGCUGCUAGGGGAUGCACACAGCAUGGACAACCUGGAGAAGCAGCUCAUCUGCCCCAUCUGCCUGGAGAUGUUCUCCAAACCGGUGGUGAUCCUGCCCUGCCAACACAAUCUGUGCCGCAAGUGUGCCAACGACGUCUUUCAGGCUUCGAACCCUCUGUGGCAAUCCCGAGGCUCCACCACUGUGUCUUCAGGAGGCCGUUUUCGCUGCCCAUCUUGCAGGCAUGAGGUUGUCCUUGACCGACAUGGUGUCUAUGGCUUGCAGCGAAACCUGCUUGUGGAGAACAUUAUCGAUAUUUACAAGCAGGAAUCAUCCAGACCACUGAACUCUAAGGCUGAGCAGCACCUCAUGUGUGAGGAGCAUGAAGAUGAGAAGAUCAACAUCUACUGCUUGAGCUGUGAAGUGCCUACCUGCUCUCUCUGCAAGGUCUUCGGUGCCCACAAGGACUGUGAGGUGGCCCCACUGCCCACCAUUUACAAACGCCAGAAGAGUGAGCUCAGUGAUGGCAUCGCGAUGCUGGUGGCAGGCAACGACCGGGUGCAAGCAGUGAUCACACAAAUGGAGGAGGUGUGCCAGACCAUUGAGGACAACAGUCGAAGGCAGAAGCAAUUGCUAAACCAGAGGUUUGAGACCCUGUGUGCAGUGCUGGAAGAGCGCAAAGGCGAGCUGCUGCAGGCCCUGGCCCGGGCUCAGGAGGAGAAGCUACAGCGUGUCCGUGGCCUCAUCCGCCAGUAUGGAGACCACCUGGAGGUCUCCUCUAAGCUCGUGGAAACCGCUAUCCAAUCCAUGGAGGAGCCGCAGAUGGCGCUCUACCUCCAGCAGGCCAAGGAGCUGAUAAAUAAGGUCGGGACAAUGUCGAAGGUGGAGCUGGCAGGACGGCCUGAGCCAGGCUAUGAGAGCAUGGAGCAAUUCACCGUAAGCGUGGAGCACGUGGCCGAAAUGUUGAGGACCAUCGACUUCCAACCCGGCGCUUCCGGGGAGGAAGAGGAUGAGGAGGUAGUUUUGGACGGGGAAGAGGGCAGCGCUGGGCCGGGGGAAGAGCGGCUGGACGGGACGGACAGUAAGUGUGGCCCGAGGGUCUGGGGGCGGGACCUGGCCUGCACUGAUCUGAUCCUGUUGGGAGCCCGCACACCCCACACGGCUGGCACUCGGGUGGCAGAGAAUCUGUGCAGAGACUACGUAGCCACUCAGCUCGCCCCGCCGGGGAAAUGGGCUCAAUAA